UUAUCAAGGUAUGCAGUCUUUUUCUGUCAAAUUGAAAAAUACAUUUUCGAAAUGCGACAGUUUUUAUUUAACAAAAACUUCUGCAGAUUCGUUAAAAUCUUUUGUAUCUUUAAUUGCUCAUCUUCUUGCGUAUACAAAUAUAUUAUGAUAUCAAGGUAUGCAAUCUUCGUCUGUCGACUUGAAAAGUACAUAUUUGAAACGCGACAGUUUUAAUUUAAAAAAACUUCUACAGAUAAAAAUUAUUGUAUCAUCCAAUCGCGAGGGGAAUAAAACUCCACGACGAACGUUCCCUUCGAAUUUUCGGACUUGCAGGUAUUCUGCGGAAUUACCUCCGAGAGGUAAUUCUCUAAUAGCGUUACGCCAGAGACGCGUGCAUUCUUGCAACGAGUGAUAAUAUAUCUUCGAGGGGGGAGACUUUUGUCGGAGUUCUCUCGUUACCUGAGGCGGAAUUACUCUAAAAGUAGGUAGCUACCACCGCGCGCCACCAAUUACGCCGGGGCGACUACGGCUAUAUAGAAGAGCCACGCCGACUCCGCCGGCUGAUUUCUGCGAGUAAACUCGACGCGACAAUCCGCGUGCAUCUCUCUCUCCACACGCAGCCAUGAAACUACCAAUUCUUCUUAUCGUGGUGAUAUCGAUUGCGUGGGCGAAGGCGGCGGAAAAUGUAGGGAGGUCUGCCCGCGCGCCGCAAGGACAAAGCAAGUACGCCGAUAGCGGCACCAGGAUCAACUGGGAGUACCUGGCGCCGCAGAGCCAGUUGCGCUCGCAGCGGGCGAAUGCUCAACGGUACCAGCGCGCUGAGGGUGGCUCGCCCCAUCGUCUUCGACAGGCACAGGCACCGCAGCAUCGCACCCAACCGCCGCAGCCUCAAGCCCAGCAGGCCCAGCAGGCCCCGGGUCCGCAGUACUACAGUUACAAGCCGUACUCGGCGGUGCCGGAUCACAUCAGACAGCUGAUCGACUCGGUCUAUCAGCCGCAAGCUCCCUACGUCGAUCCUACGUCUUUCAUUUACGGCGGCAACCACUUUGCGGCGGCGCCGCAGCAACGCGAGCAGCAGCCAGCUCCAGCCGCCUCCGAGGUCCCUCGCGGUGCCUACUUGCAGCCGUCGGCGAGAUACCAAUCGAUCGAUCCUCAACAUUUUCAACAAGCGCAGCCCAGAUACGAUUACAGCGAAAGGAGAGUGGAGCGUCAGGAUAGAGUCGCCUACAAGGAGGAUUACGAGCAACAGCAACAGCAACAGCAGCAGCAGCAGCAGGAGCAGCAGCAAGUAGUGUUUCCGUAUGCAAGCUUGCCCGAAUCUCCGCUACCUGUCCUAUACUUGGACAAGAACAUGCCUACGGAAAUCAAGCAAUUGCUCAAGUAUCAGGCGCAGAUACCAUAUGACGUCACGGCGAAUCGCAUUCAGUACAAUCCGAAGAACAUUUUUAUUCCCAAGCCAUUGCCCGAUGACGUUAAGGGAACCUAUUAUUACCGUAGCAAAGUUUAUUAUCCGAACGACGAGAGCGUUGACGCAGAGUACCCGCGGGACAAGCCGGUCGACGAGGAGCAGCGCCAUUGACCAAAAGUGUUGGCCUAUGUAAAAUACGAUUUAUAUAAUUUAAUAUCCUGUUUCUCCGUAAACUUCGAAGAAAAGACGGCUAGCCCCGAGACUCGCCCGAAUUGAAUCCCGGUUUUAUUCGCGGAAACAGCUUUCAGCUUCUUGAUAUCGUCAAGGCUUUGUUAAGAUUAGUAUCUUACACGCUUUAAAUUAUAGUAUCUCCUGUUGACAUUUUAAUUACGUAUGCCUUGUACUGCCGUGUAUUUGACAGCAAGCCAUUGGUUUACUUCUUUGGCGGCCGAAAACGGACGGGUGUGUUCGACAAUUAGAAUUAAAUUUACUCAUUAGAAAAAAAAAAACUGCUCGAUUUACAAUUAACAUGGAACGUUUUGUUACACGAAAAGUUUGCCUUUAAAGAAGAUUAAUUCAACAGACAAGGAAUCGAGGAAAUUUACGUGAUAUAAUAAGCAAUGAUAAAAAAUAAUUCAAACAGAAAUAGCAAGAUCUGUCAGGCUUCGCUCCAAUUAAUUUUCUCUCUCGUUUUUGGUUUCACUCAAUUAUAAAGGUGUAUUCAGUUUUUCGUACGUACGUAAGAUGGAGAGCGCUUGACUACACGGUAGCGCGAAGAAUGUAAUUUUUUGUACGAAAUAAAUCGUUUCCGCCUCUGGCA